CCGAUCCUCUCCGAUUGUCCUCUACCGUUCCACCCUCCAAAUCCUCCCCAAACACCAUGGCCUCAAUGCUCUCUAGCACCGCUUACAUCGCCGCGAAGGCCUCUCUCCGCACUGCCAAUCCGACAAGAAUCCUCGCGGCUAGCUACGCCACCUCGGCCAAUGUGAAGAAGAUCACCGUUAUCGGGUCGGGCUUGAUGGGCGCUGGUAUUGUGCAGGUGGCUGCCCAGUCCGGAUACCACGUGAACAUGGUGGAUCUGAAAGAGGAGUUUCUUGCGAAGGGUGAAAAAAUCAUCACAUCUUCGCUGAAGCGAGUCGCCAAAAAGAAGCACGGCGAUGAUGCAGCUGCUUCAAAGAAGUUUAUUGAUGAAGUAAUGUCCCGUAUCAGCCUGUCGACUGAUUCUAACAAGGCUGCAUCCGAGUCCGAUUUGGUCGUUGAAGCCAUUGUUGAGAACAUCAAAACGAAACAGGCUCUCUUCAAGGCCCUCGACGAGGCUGCCCCAAAAGACGCUAUCUUUGCCAGCAACACCUCAUCUCUUCCUAUUGCUGACAUUGCUGCCGCGACGAACAGGAAAGACAAAUUUGCAGGAUUGCACUUCUUCAACCCGGUGCCACAAAUGAAGCUUGUGGAGAUCAUUCGCAUUCCGGAGACUUCUGACGAAGUAUUCAACACUCUUAGUGAUGUGACCAAAAAGAUGGGUAAAGUACCAGUUGCGUGCAAAGACACUCCCGGAUUUAUUGUGAACCGUUUAUUGGUGCCGUACAUGAUGGAAUCUUUGCGUCUCGUGGAGCGCGGUGAUGCUUCCAUGCAAGACGUUGACACUGGAAUGAAGCUUGGAGCAGGAUACCCGAUGGGUCCCUUCGAGUUGAUGGACUAUGUCGGCCUCGACACAAUCAAGUUUAUCACCGAUGGUUGGUACAAAUCCGGUAAGGGAUUGGUUGGCGACAAGCUUGUUGCACCUUCUCCCCUUUUGGAAAAGCUUGUGAAGGAGGGACAUCUUGGUAGGAAGAGCGGAAAGGGCUUCUACACGUACGAAGGUGUAGGCGCCGAUAAGGGAAAGAAAUAAGUUUUAAAUCAUAUGUAAUAUUUGCUGCAGCGUUACAAUUUGCUAAUACACGCAUCAUCCUUGAUCA